AUGGACGUUAUUCGGCGGCUUGUGGUGAUGGCGAGGUACGACUACCUUCCCAGAUAUGGGCUGGAGAAUUACACCAUGAUCCUACCCUAUGAGGAUACCUUCGAUCCCGUUACAUCCACUACUUGGAUGCAAGAAAGUUGGUUGCACUCCAUCUCGUUCUCGGUCGGCUAUGUAGCGCUGAUCUAUGCGGGACAAAAGGUCAUGGAAGGACGUAAGCCAUUCGGUCUUGAAGUGCCACUUUUCUUGUGGAAUUUGGGUUUAGCGAUAUUCUCGUUUCUUGGAUUCAUUCCGAAUGACGCCGGAAUGGUUUUGGACAACUCGUUUGUUUACUCUGUGUGUACUGCCUCAUAUGCUCAAGGUGUGACGGGAUUUUGGACCGAGCAAUUUGCCAUGAGUAAGGUGGCCGAACUGUUAGAUACCGCUUUCAUUGUCCUACGCAAGCGUCCACUUCUCUUCCUUCAUUGGUACCAUCACGUUACAGUCCUGAUCUUCACAUGGCACGCUUACAAAGAUCACACCGCUUCCGGACGUUGGUUUAUUUGGAUGAACUACGGUGUUCAUGCCCUUAUGUACACAUACUAUGCACUUCGCGCUCUCCGUGUUCGCGUUCCUAAACAGAUUGCCAUGGUCGUUACCGUGCUUCAGAUAUCUCAAAUGGUCAUGGGUAUCUUCAUUGGAAUAGUUGUUUACAGGAGGAAGUCAUCCGGUGAGUCGUGCCAGCAGACAUGGGAGAAUUUGGGAUUAUGUUUCAUGAUAUACUUCACGUACUUCCUGCUCUUCUGCAACUUCUUCUACCAUGCUUAUUUGAAGAAGAACAACCGCUAUGUAGUCGGAACGAAGACCGCCUCUAAGGUAAUCUUUCGUCAUCUCUCAGCAGCUUCGAUUCGUUCGUUAGGAAGGCUUGUAACAUCCCUUAAUUACCCUUUAACAACUUGA